CGUGUAUCAUUUUCGGAGGUGUGCGUUACUAUAAGAAACAUUUAGCCGAAUUGUAAUCUUAGUUACUAGUAACCAUGUUUUUGCAACGAGAUCUUGGGACAUCUGUCCCAAUGCGUUUGUAUACAAUGAAAAAAUGUUAUUUUGUCGUUGUCACAGUUAUAUUCUUCCUAAUUAUUGGAUGUUCUGUAAUUUUUGGUGUAGUUGGCCCCAAUGUCUCAAAUUCCGUUAUUGUUUCCACUUCGAAUCGUCCAAGUAUAACUAGUUUAGAAGCUAGUGUAUACGAGGUAGAUUCUCCAUCUCUUUCAGUUUUUCAUCGUGAGCUGUGGUUAUCUGCUAUAAUUAAUCGUGCGCCGUUAGAACAAAAUGCCAAAGUAUCAGUAAAUAUCAAUACGUCUAUUCAAGUACAGAUACCCCAUCUAGCUAUUGCUGGAAGUAGAAGUGCAAUGUUUAAAUCAGAUCCGAAUUAUAAAACUUCUGUAAUCCAAAUGGGUCCAAUUCACAACCGGACUAUUCAAGUGAAUUGUCCCGAUACAAAAUGUGACGAACUAUUCCUAUUUCAUCUUAUUCCAGUUGAUUUCACCAUUUAUAAAUUCCGUGUAACAUUCUAUCAUGAAUUAACUAAUAAUCAUUUAAAAUACGAAGAUUAUGAAAGCAAACAUUUAUUAUUUAAAAUAAUCAGUGUGGAUUUCAUUUUUCAUUAUUAUACUAUUGAAUUUACUUAUAUGGAAUUAGUAGUGAAGUUUAUACUUUUUGUUAUUUCAGAGACAGUUACUAUUUGGUUUUAUAUUAAGAUGAAAAAAUUCAGUCUUAAUUAUUGGACAAUUGAACAAUGUUGUAUGGCUAUCUUAUUGCCUCUACUCAUACUUUAUAAUAAUCCUUUAUAUCCACUUCAAUAUUUAACAAUAAAUUGGUUUCCAUCAUGUCUUGGCUAUCUGUUUCAAACCACAUUUGUCGCUGUAUUAUUAUUAGUUUGGUUAUGUAUAUUCCAUGGUAUACGAAUUUCGAAAAGAACGUUUCAGAAGUUUUAUCUACCGAAAAUCUGUUUGAUUAGCAUAUUUUGGUUAAUUAUAUUCUUAUUAAUUACUUGGAAAGUUUAUGUGGAACAUCACGAACCAGUGUUUGAUAUUCUAGAAUAUACGGAUCUUCUUAUCUUUACUGUGGUUUUUAUUAGUCUAUUUGGUUUUAUCUAUGUGGUACUAUUCACUGUGCUGUUCAUUCGAGCCUGUCAUAAAUUAAGAAAAUUACCAUAUUUUAACUUGCGUUUAUAUUUUCUAACAUUCCAAUCAAUAAUCUUCAUUAUCGUCUUAGGAUUUGCAUGUUUAUUACACUUUAAUGAGAGAUUAUCAUCUCAAUCCAUGAAUUAUGUCCGUAAUGUUAAGGAUGAUAUCAGUAAAAUGAGUGCACAACAGCAGAAUUUUCAAAAUUACAUAGGAUUACAACAUCGAUUUAAUGAUAUACUCGGUUAUCAUUCAACACUUGAAUUCUCAUUGAUACAAUUCACUAUUAAUUCAUACAUAACUCUAUUGGCAUUUGUUUACUCUCCACCAAAUAAUACACAAAUAGAAAUGGAUGUAAAAGAUGAUCCAUCAUUAUCAAUGAUAAAUGAUUCUGACGAAGAUGUAAUUUAUGAAUCAGAUACUGAAACAAAGACAUUUUUAUUCUCCCAACGUAUGUAAUAACAAUGAUAAUGAUGUAACAUACCUGUGUAUAUGUGAACAAUUCGUGUAUCCGAAUCAGCAGCAUAUUUCUAUGAUUAAUUCGUUUCGUGUUUACAUUUAAAUAAACCAGUGAAAAUCAUGAAGAUGCUUCCUUUUUGCACACACACCAUUGGAUUUUGUCAUUCAGACUUCAUAUAGGUUUUUUUUAUACCUUCAUUUAGAAUUCCCCGCCUAUUUUUCGUUGUUUUUAACUAAAUCAUUCAUUGUGUAUGCAUGUUUGUGUACGUGUGCUAUGAUGUGGUGUAUUUAAAGCGUUCACCUUCCAACCAUUACUUUACAGUUUUCAACUCUUCCAAAUCUGUAAAAUUUACACUAUCGGUUAACGAUCACAAUCCAUUGGAUUAAAUGAAAUCUAUUAUUAGAAUAAGACCCUGAUAGCAUUAACAAAGCUUCAGUUUGAUUAUUGAAUUAUAAUAUUCAUGUAAGAAUAUCCCUACAUUUUUAUUAUUACUGUUUGUACAGAUUAUUUAUGGCUGUUGUUUGUUAUUGUUUACUCAUUAAAUUAUAUUGGAUUUCAAUAGUUUGCAUUCAAACAAUCAUUAAUGAACUGUGAUAUAUCUUUAUUUGUAUAUUCAUGUUGAUUUUAUGUAGUUCGUUUAUUUCCAGUAGUUUUUUUUUUGCAUUUAAAAGAAAAAAAGAAUUAUUCAUUUUGUCGCAUUGUUUAUCAAUUUGAUUCAUUUUUCUGUGUUAGUUGUUGUGAUAUAUAUACAUAAAUUGAGAAAUGUCCUGUUUUCUUUGGAACAAAUCUAUUGUUUAAAUAAAUUUUUCUGAUAACUUCUAA